ACUCGCGCGGGGGUCCUGCUUCAGCGUCGGUCCGCUUCAGCCUUGCAUCUCAGUCUCUCCCUUCAUAUCUGAACGUCUCUACCUCUUCUUCGAAAUUUUAAUUUUAAUUGUAUCACCUUUUGCCUUUUCUCCUUCAGUGAGGCACUCUGAAACAGCUGCACGAGAAUGUCUGCUGCAGAUGAUGCAAACCCAGCAGGUGCUCCUGGAGCCCCAGGUGGCCCUGGAGGAGCCGGUCCUCCUGCUCCCCCUCCAAACACCACCAGCAACCGCCGGCUGCAGCAGACACAAGCACAAGUGGAGGAGGUGGUGGAUAUCAUGCGUGUGAAUGUGGAUAAGGUUCUGGAGAGAGACCAGAAGCUCUCUGAGCUGGACGACAGGGCAGAUGCUCUACAGGCCGGGGCGUCACAGUUCGAAAGCUGUGCUGCCAAACUGAAGAACAAAUACUGGUGGAAGAAUUGCAAGAUGAUGAUUAUUAUGGGUGUCAUUGGAGUCAUCUUCAUUGGAAUCAUUUUCUUGUAUUUCUUCUCUUGAGCCGAUCCACCUGCAGCGAAUGAGAAAACGAAUGAGUGAAUGAAGAAAACACAAUCGUGCGCUCCGCCCAUUUUCCACAUCCUUCUCGCUUCAAUCUCGAGGUCUCUCCGUUUAGUCAGUUUUCACCUUGGUGUGACUGUAGUACACCGAUAUCUGCUCUCCUUUCUCCUUUACCAGAAUGAGCACAUUUCAGUUUCUCUCUCUUUCCCUCCCUCUUAGAAUCUCCUGCAUUAUUUAAACAUUCUGCAGACACGCAGACAUUCAUACAUGAAUGCACAGAGAGAGCAGAAGAAAAACAGGCCGAUAAGAAUAAGUGGGAGAGGCCAGGAAGAAAAAAAAAAUGAGGCGACACUUGUGAAAAAAGUGCUCGUGGAGGAG